AUGCCUGCCACUACUACCUCCUCUCAGCCAAUGCCAAUUGCCCCAAUCAACACCGCCCUCAGAAACCGUUCAGAUUCAAACGGAAUGGGAUCUCCCACAUCCCUCAUGUCUAGCUUCCCCGGCUCUCCUCUCACAGCGGUCUUCACGGAAAGCUCCCAGAUCUCCGGCGAAGAGCCCUCCUCAAUGGCCGCCUCAAUCGCUCCCCUCCUCACGAGCGAACCGCCAAAGACUACCCGCGCUCAUACUCUCCACCACAGUGACCAUAUCCAGACAAUCGAGCCCCGCAGAAGCGCGGAAUCCCUAAGGUUCAACGACUUCAGCCGUGGACGUCACAGCAACUUAUGGCUCUUCCGCGGUUUGUCGGUGAGAGGAGCAUUAAGAAAGAUCGUUUCGGUUUCGAAGAAUUAA